AUGUCUCUCUUUCUUUCCUCUGAACCCAAUUGGGACAGCGCCAACUUUCUCUCUUCUACAGGUUUGGGUAAGAUCACACGGGAUAUGAUAAGCGAGCAUUUUGGAAUACAAGUAAUGUUUGAAAAGCCUCAUGAGAGCUUACAAGGCGUUACUAUUGGAGAAAGGUCAAAAGAGGCUCAAGGGGUUGUGGAUUCUAUAUCCGGUUUAUUUGAAGAAUUGAAAGAGGGAUUGGAAGGAAAAUAUAAAUGUCCCGGUGAGAUAGUUCAAGAGGUCAUCAAACUCGCUGGAGAAGAAGGAAAUGAGGGAAUGAUCUUGGCCAAGAAGUUUUGUCAAGAGUUAGUGAGGUUGUUGCCUAGUUUGAGCGAAUCAUUUUCGACUACUGUUAUUGCCCUCCCGUCUACUCCCUUACGACUGCUCCAAGAUCUGUCAACAACUUCCAUACCUCUUCAUCUACCUCCCUUAUCAUCCCUCUCAGAUAUCUCACCACUCCCUCUCCCCAUCCCUCCCCUCUUAGCUCUCCGUAUCCUCUCUCCAUCCUCUGAUCUCGUCUCUCAAUUACCUGAACAAACAUCGAUCUUGUCUCUGCUUCAUAGAGAUAAAUCAACCAAGGCCCUACAUGGUUUCUCUGGAAAAGCAGACGAAACGAGCAAGAAAAACAUCUCUCUGAAAGGUUUCACCAUCCCCUUGGAACAAAUAACACAUUUACAAAGUCUAAGCGUGGAGAUAUGUCAGCUUAUCCGAGAUCAAGCACGAGAAUCAGGGAAAGAGAUCACUUUGAUAGACGUUGUAAAAUUCUUUGAUGAUCUUCAAAUUAAGAUGGAUAAGUCUGGUCUGGGAUUUAGGUUGAUACCUUCCGACUCAUGA